GGUCGGGAUGCGUGGCGAUAGAUAGAGAAGAGACGAGAGGUUGGGGUGGGCGGCCGCGGGAGCUCCACGGCAUCGAUCGCCAUCCUCUCCUCCGCAACAAUGGCGCUCGCCUCCUCCUCCCGCCUCCUCCACCGCUUCUCCUCCUCCUCUCUGCCGCGACCCUGCCGGCGACGGGUACCCAGGCCACGCGGCCACAGCCGCUUCGCCGUGCGGUGGGAGCACCGGGCGGCGGCGGUGGUGCUGCUGCUGCCGAGAGCUCUCCUCGGAGGAGGAUUCCAGGAUGCCGAUGCGGCUGAGAGUGACGACGAGGAGGAGGAGGAUGCCCAUGGCGUCCUGCGCCCGCUCGACGCUGACGACGUCAACCUCGACCUCCACGCGCCUCCCUCCGGCCCCGAGCGCUGGGACGUCCUCGGCCUCGGCCAGGCCAUGGUUGAUUUCUCAGGGAUGGUGGACGACGAGUUCCUUCACAGAUUGGGCAUACAAAAGGGUACCAGAAAGGUUGUCAACCACGAGGAGAGAGGGCGUGUCUUGCGCGCCAUGGAUGGUUGCAGCUACAAGGCUGCCGCUGGAGGCUCACUGUCCAACUCGCUUGUCGCGCUAUCAAGGCUUGGUAGUAGCCGCUCCACUAACUACCCCGAGCUUAGAAUCGCGAUGGCUGGCAGUGUGGGCAGCGACCCACUUGGUAGUUUUUACAGGGCAAAAUUGCGCCGUGCUAAUUUGCAUUUCUUGUCUAAGCCGGUCAAAGAUGGGACUACUGGAACUGUGAUUGUUCUAACAACUCCAGAUGCACAACGAACUAUGCUUGCAUAUCAGGGAACAUCGUCAACUUUGAGUUAUGAUUCAGAUUUGGCCAGUCUAGUGUCCAAGUCAAAUGUAGUAAUUGUGGAAGGCUACCUAUUUGAGCUACCUCACACGAUCGAAGCCAUCAAGCAAGCAUGUGAAGAUGCUCAUAAGAAUGGCUCACUUAUUGCAGUUACAGCAUCAGAUGUGUCAUGCAUCAAGCGUUGCUACAAUGAUUUUUGGGAUAUUGUAACAAACUAUGCGGACAUAUUAUUCGCCAAUGCCAAUGAAGCGAGGGCAUUCUGCGAGCUAAGCUCAACAGAUAGCCCCAUGUCAGCGGCAAGAUACUUAAGCCAUUCUGUUCCUCUAGUAUCCGUGACAGAUGGUGUGCACGGUUCAUACAUUGGAGUGAAAGGGGAAGCGAUAUACAUCCCUCCACCACCAUGUGUACCUAUAGAUACAUGUGGGGCUGGUGAUGCAUACGCUUCAGGGAUUCUAUAUGGCAUUCUUCGGGGCUCUUCGGAUUUGAAGAGCAUUGGCCUGCUCGCUUCGCGAGUAGCUGCUAUUGUCGUUGCGCAGCAAGGUACACGCUUACGGGUUCAGGACGCCGACAGAUUGGCCGAAUCAUUCACACUUCACCUAGAUAACCUGGAGUUUUGUUCAGAUAUUGAAACAGACCAUGUUUCAAACUUCUGAUCGUUUUAGCUGAAAGUCGUAGGACUUCCAUUUGUAUAUAGCAUCUGUUUACUUUUAGGCCUAGCUAGCUCAUUGUUCAGUACAGCUGAGCUACCCAGCUUGUCAGUCCUUUCAGACGUUUGUUACAAUUUCAUUCCUUAAAUUUGGUUCCAGAAAAGGAUGCUACAUACUUCAUGGAUUUCAUAUUGAACUGAAGAUAUUACUCCUAGAUAAGGCAGUGGCAAUAGUUCAUGUGCUUUCAUUGGUUCUUGUGUACACUCAAGAUACAUGACAUAUUUUUUAUAGAUAAUGAGAGACAUGACAUAUAAUCUUGGUCUGUUUA